UGUCUGAUUUACGGCAUGACGUACAGGAAACAUUUUGCUGUGUUCAUUUUGGAGGCAAAGCCUUCCAGCCACUCAGGAGAGAAGAAGGAUGGAGAAUACAUUAAAUUAAAAGUUAUAGGUCAAGACCACAGUGAAAUCCAUUUCAAAGUGAAAAUGACCACACAGUUAAGGAAGUUGAAGGAGUGCUACUGUCAGCGGCAGGGUGUUCCCCCAAAUUCUCUUCGAUUUUUGUUUGAAGGUCAGCGGAUUACUGAUCUGCAAACACCUAAAGAGCUUGGUAUGGAGGAUGAAGAUGUGGUUGAGGUUUAUCAGGAGCAGACAGGAGGAUGGCUGAGAGCCUAACUACUUGCCACUGAUAGGAAUUUUGAUCAUCUGUAUAAUUUGUAUUGCUUUUAAGCUGUAAUCAUUGUUUUUAUAUAAAAAGAAUAAAGAAACAAACAACUUACAUUCAUAUAUUUAUACAAAUGGUUAAUGCUCAACUUGAAUAUCUACAACUAAUUUUGUUUACUUAGCAAAUGUCAAAGUGUCCUGUAAGGCCUUUUUCACAAAGGAAUUUAUGUUUUGAGUACUUUAGCUUUAAAACUUAAUUACUUUCCAUUGCUUAAAAAUUUUGGGUUUGCUUUUAUCAGAUUAUAGAAAUAAAUAUAUUUAAGUUUGCUGUAUAAAUAAUGCUUACAGUUAAAGGUGUAUUUUAAAACAUACAUUCACAAAUUAUUUUUGAAACCAUAAAUUAAGAGCAGAAAUUAUCCUGCUUUACAUUUAGCUUCCUUGUUUGGCCAAAUUGUCAACAGUACUUUAACAAUACUUUUACAAGUGCUUAAAGAGGAAGGAUGGAUAAAUUAGGUAUUAAUUCACAAACUGUUUUAUCACUAGUGCAAGAGCAGUAAUCAUGGCACUGCACUGUCUUGUAUUGCAUGAAAACACUCAUAUGAUAGGCAAAACGGUAGAUGCUGCAUCUAAUGUUUGCUAAUGAGCGUUCUGUUAGUAAAUAUCUUUGAAAUUUUUUACCUGUAAAAUUUUGUCAGAACACUGAGCACUUGCAGUUAACAUUCUACAAACAUUUUUCCUUUUCUAACACUUCUUUGUAUUAUAGACCUAAUAAAGUUCAAAAUUCAAAGUAAAUUUAUUAUCAAUGUAUAUAUCACUUUAAACAUCUUUGAAAUUAAUUUUCUUCCAUGCAUUCACAGUAGAACAGAGAAGUACAAUAGAAACAUUGAAGAAUUACACAUAA